AUGCAAAGCAGAGAGCAAUGCAUGAUGGAUGUGCAUGAAGAACAGCAGCAGCAGCAGGGGGAGGAGCAACAGCAAGAAGAGCAGCAGCACCAUGAGCAGCAGCAGCACCAUGAGCAGCAGCAGCAUCAUGAGCAGCAGCAGCAGCAUGAACAGAAGAAGCAACACGGGCAGCAGCAGCAACAUGAGCAGCAGCAGCAUCAGCAGCAGCAGGCCGUGCCUUUGAAAAAGCGCGUAGUUACUUUUUCUCCAGCGGAAAAGGAUGUGAAAAGUACAGCAAUAAGUCCUUCCCGCUUCUACGCACAUCCUGCAGGCAGCAGCAGCAGCAGCAGCAGCAGCAGCUCAAGCUGCAGUGUCACGGGGUGCAAAGCACAGGAAGAUAGCUGCAGCAGCUGGAGCUCUUUUCCCCGUAAAAAAAAGUCAGCAGAAUGUUCUGCUGCUUCUGUCUUCAGUGCAGCAGCAACAGCAGCACCCGCCAGCAGCAGCAGCAUCAGCAGCAGCAGCUUUCUCAGCAGUCCGGUGUCUGCCUUCCAGCGAGUGCGCUUGUGGAGGCGCGUUGAAUCCCUGCUGCUGCAGCAGCAGCAGGAGCAGCAGCAGCAGCAGGAGCAGCAGCAGCAGCAGCAGCGCAAGGCGAAUCCUUUGGUGCCUCUUUGGGUGUUUGAGAAGCAAGCAGAAGCAGCAGCAUUUGCUGCGCUGCUGCGGCGGCGGCUGCCUGCUGCUGCUGUUGCAGUGUGGGCUGAAGAAACUGCAGAAACGGGGCUGCGGCGGUUUUGCUGCGGCUCUUUGAGAGCCCUUCUUGCUGCUGCUGCUGCUGCUGCUCGCAAAGCAGAACGGAUCCGACAGCUGCAGCCUCUCAUCCAUGCGCGUCCUGCUGAUAUUCGUGCUGCUGCCGCUGCCGCUGCUGCUGCUGCUGCUGCUGCUGCUGAGCGUGCUGCUAUGGAGUACCCUGUCAAAAGCAGCAGCAGCCUGACAGAGGAUGGCGACGGCAGCAACGGCAGCAGCAGCAGCACCACCACCUGCACCACCAACGAGAACAGCAACAACUGCAGCAACUGCAGCAGCGACAGUAGCAGCAGUAGCAGCAGCAACAACAGCAGCAGCAACAGCAGCAGCAGCAACAGCAGCAGCAGGGUGUGCAACCUGUACGAGGUGCUGGAAAGCGGGCGGCCUGUUUGGCUCUACUUCGACUUGGAAUAUUUGUUUCACCUGAAUCCGCAGCAGGCGUCAGCAGCAGCAGCAGCAGCAACGUGGCAGCAGCUGCUGCUGCAGCUGCGGGGCUUCUUGUGCAGCAGCUGCAGCAUCUGCUGCCACCCCAGCGAGUUCGUCUCGCUUGACGGCACCAGCAGCAAAAAGUUUUCAAAGCAUUUAAUAAUAAAGGCAAUUCGGCAAAACAAACAAAUGCAAGAAAAAAGAAACCAACAUCCAGCCAUGUGGCUUCUGCGAGAGGACGCAGACGCUGCUGCUGCUGCUGCUGCUGCUGCUGCUCCUGCUGUUUCCUCUCCUGCUGCUGCAGCGGGAGCUGAAAGCGUGAUUCAGAAAGGUGGUGCCGAUGAAACGGCAGCAGCAGCAGCAGCAGCAGCAGCAGAAACGACACAGCAGGAUGAUGGAGAUGGCUCACCUGCAGCAGCAACGCCCAGCGCAGCAGACGCAGCAGCAGGAGCAAAAGCAGAAGCAGCAGCUACAGCAUCGUCACCAGCAGCAUCAACAACAGCGCCAGCGACAAGGCUAGCAGCAGCACUGACAAAUGCAGCAGCAGGAACAGCAGCAGCAGCAGCAGUAGCAGCAGCAGCAGCAGAAAGGGGCCAAUCAACUUUAAUGGCUGACGCCCAGACGGCUGGACGCUUUGCGGAGGUCUUCGUUAUGCAUCUUUCUAACCGCAUGUACAUUCUUCACCAGCAGCAGCAGCAGCAGAAACUGAAGCAGCAGCAGGAGCAGAAGCAGCAGCAGGAACAACAGCAGCAGGAUCAGCAGCAGCAGGAACAACAGCAACAGGAAUACCAACAGCAGGGAGAGAUUCAAGGGGAACAGAACCCGCAACAACAGCAGCGGGAGGAACAGCAGCAGGAGCAGCAGCAGGAGGAAGAGCAGCAGCAAGGACAGCAGCAGCAGGAGCAUCAGCAGCAAGGACAGCAGCAGCAGGAACAUCAGCAGCCGCAGGAGCGGCUGGCGCCUCAGUGCGAGCAAACUGAGCGCGAGGAGCAGCACACGGGGCAGCAGCCUCCACAGCAGCAGCAGGAACAGCAAAACCACAGAAGCUGCGGCUGUGCUGCAGCAGCAGCAGCAGCUACUUUAGAUGAUUUGCUGCUGCUGUUUCCCAUAGCAGAAGAAACAGGCGAAAGACGCUGCCUCAUUGACUUAGCUGUAUACACUCGUAACAGGUGCUUCAGGCUACUGGGGUCUUCUAAGUAUGGACAAGACACCCCACUAACGGUACUUGCUGCUGCUGCUGCUGCUGCUGCUGCCUCUGCUGCUGCUUUUGCUUCUGCUGUUAGUGCUGCUGCGGGCAACUGUGCGUGUCUUUGUGGGUGCAUGGCUUCAUGUGCUGCUGCAACUUGCUGCCGAUGGCAGGCCUGCGUCCACAACAGCAGCUGUGUCACACUGCCUCUGCUGCUGCUGCUGCUGCUGCUGCUGCUGUUGCAGGUGAGCAGCGAAUGCUGCUAUCCCUUGGGGCCCAUACUCGAGCUGCAGCUGCUGCGCAGCCUGGUCAGCUUCGUUCCCCCAGGGCUUGAAAUUCCUCUUUUCCACCAUCCCUUAAUUGCGCCUGCUGCUGCUGCUGCUGCUUCUGCUGCUGCUGGAGGCAAACGCAGCAGCAGCAUCUGGGAAAUGCAGUGGGACGAAACUGCAGAAAGCAGCAGCAGCGGCAGCUCGUUGAGGCGGCUGCUGCCCGCGCGGCCCGUCUUCAGCGCAGAGGCACCGGGGGGCAUUCAGAUGAAGCAGCCAGCAGCAACAGCAGCAGCAACAGCAGCAGCAGCAAACCCGUUGCACUUCUCGUUUGAGACUGAGUCUGUUCCCGGCCUCCCCUCGCACAUCCCAGGGCUGCGCGACGCUGCUGCCUUCAUAGUUGCCUUUUGGGACCAGGUGAGGGAUGCAGCAGCAGCGGCAGCAGCAGGGCAGCAGCUGCGCGAAGUGCAGCAGCAAGAAGUGCAGCAGCAGCAGCAGCAGCGGGCGCUACGCGGCUGCAGCUGCGUCUAUUACCCCUCUUCUGAGACCCUGGCAAUAACCCCAAGAAACAAUCGGUACUGCAUGAACUUAGGAAGACAGCACAAGUCCAAUGGCAUCUUGCUCGUGCUGCAGAUACACCAGGGCCUCUUUUGGCAAAAGUGCCACGAUCCAGAUUGUCAGCAGUUCCGUUCUCCCAGAUUUAGUCUGCCUGCGGCUCUCACAGACGCGAGCGCGCUGCUGCUGGACGCUGCUGCUGCUGCUGCUGCUGCUGACGGCGGCGAAGACCCGGCUACUGCGGCAGCUGCUGCUUCCCCGGACUGUGCUGGUGUUACUGCGGCAAGAGCAGCAGCAGCAAACUGUACAACUAGUGCUGUCGCACCAAUGGACUGUGCUGCUGCUGCUGCUGCUGCUGCUGCGACAGGGUGCAGCCCGCCUCUGCAAAGUGCAGCAGCCGCAGCAGCAGCAACAGACGCAGCAGCAGCUCCUGCGGGUGCGCCAUGCGGCGGUGCGGCGUGCUGGCAGCAGCAAAAUCCAACACCUUCUUCCCAUCUGCAGCUGCAGCAGCAGCUGCAGCAGCUACCCCAGCACCAGCCACGCGACAUUGAACAGGAGCAGCAGCUGCAAAUGCAGCAGCUGCUGCUGGACUUCGACAACUUUGAAGCGUUUUGA